AUGGAUUUUUCUCGUGAUAUUAAUCAGCCUGGAGUCCACUGCUCUCUUUCAACUAAGGUAUUCUUUAUACAUUUACAUUUACCCAUUGAAUAUGAAAUUCUGUCACUUUUUAAAAAUGAUUUUCAUAUUCUUUCUGCAAUUCCUCCACAGAAAUCUGUAAAUGCAAAGUGUCGAAAGUUGUCAAAGCGCAUUGCUUUUAACGCCGUGGAUGUUAGAGAUUCUUGUGGUGAGAUUUUCAUUGAUUUGCAGAGCUACACCUAUUCUAAGAAAAAGUCUGAAGAAAUGAGUGAUUGCCAACUGAACUAUCCAAGUUUUGAGGAAGCUAUUGCAGUCCCAUGGAGAGGUUUACCUAAGAGAAUGUCAAAGCUAUUCUUUGCUAUGAGAGCAUUUAGAGAGACAAGGAUGUUUGCCCUACACUCAACAAGAGAUUGAUGAAGUUAAAGAUGUAGUGUAAGUAUUUUAUUGAUGAAUGGUUUAGAGCAAUUCUUGAAGUUUAGUUGAUGUUGAUAAUUUAAGUUUGAAAUUAUUAUUAUUA